UCCUUUUUGCUGCAUGUUGUACAUGCCCAGCUUAUCCUUGCCCCCGCAGAUUCCUUCCUUCUUCUUUCUUGAAAAGUUGGGAUUAAAACUGAAGACUGAGGAGUAAAGAGCCAUAAUAUUAGGAGCAGAAACUCAGACGAUGUUCAGACUGUGAGAAGUGAAAACAGAAACGCUGCGGCCUCGAAACAUGAUCAGCUGAAGAGGUGAGAGGCAGAGGUGGCCGUUCCAAUGGCGCAGACUGAGCCACUGCUGCAUCCGGACCCAAAGCUAGAAGCAAAACUGACACCUUACAGUUUCAGGACUCAACCAUCAGUCAUGACUGUUUCAUCAACCAUUCGUCAAGUCCAGUCUCCAGUUCUACUGUCCCUCCUCCUUCUGUUUACUGCCUUUGCAGACUUUUGUACAGCCGCUCCACCCCAGCAAGCCCGCCCUCCUUUCUUAUAUGGACAGCCUUUUAUCAUCUUCUGGGGCAUCCCUGACUCUUCUUGCUCUGGGCAGCCAGAUCCCAGAUCCUUUGGAAUGGAACGGGAGGGCCGUGUGGCCGUCUUCUACGAGGACACACUGGGAAACUAUCCGUAUUUUGUAGACAAAGACACACCAGUCAAUAGGGGGCUACCACAGCACAUACGCCUAGACAACCACCUCCAGAAGACACAGCAGGACCUGGAGGCAGCUUUACCUGCCCCAAGGUACCUGGGGUUGGGAGUGUUGCAGUGGGCGGAGUGGGCCCCCCAGUGGUCCAGGAACCAGGGGAAGCAGGCAAUCUAUCUGGAGGCAUCAAGAAACCUGCUGAAGGCUUUCUUUCCUUACUGGACCCCGGAGGAGGUGGAGAAGUGGUCACAGGUGGACUUCGAGGCAGCAGCCCAGUCAGUAAUGAUGGAGACUCUACGGGAGGUCAAAAGGUUACGGCCUAAAGCAUUAUGGGGAGUCUCCCCUUACCCCAGCUGCUGCAACGGUGACCCCGCCCAAACCAUGUUAGCCAAUUACACCGACCAGUGCCCUGCUGCAGAGAUGGCUCUUAACGAUGAGCUUCUGUGGCUCUGGAAACAAUGCUCUGCGCUCUACCCGCUCCUCACUCUGGAGAAGCUGCAGGGUGGGACCUCUGGAGCCAGGCUUUAUUUAUCCUGUCAAAUAAGAGAAGCACUACGAGUAUCAUCUCUGCCUGUGACGGAGUUUGAUCUUCCUGUAUUCCCACUGGUCAAGAGCGUCUACACCUCAACUAAUACUUUCCUAUCACAGGCAGACCUGGUCAACACCAUAGGAGAAAGUGCUGCCAUGGGAACAGCCGGAGUUGUCAUCUGGGAGAGAAGCGGGACUAAGACAGAGAGAGAAUGUCAGGACCUGGCAGAGUUUGUCCGCAAAGUCCUGGGACCCUACUCUAUCAAUGUAACCACUGCAGCUCAACUCUGCUCAGUCUCUCUGUGCCGAGGAAAGGGCAGAUGUGUCCGUCGAAAUCUAGAAAGCACUGCCUAUAUCCACCUCCCAUCUCCAUCCAAAGUGAAAGAGAAGGUGCCAGAAAAGGCAGAGGCAACCAAAGCCACAGAUCAGCUGAACACAGACGCUAAACCAAUUGAACCAGACCCAGCUGAGAUAUGGAAGAAAGAUUUCCAGUGCCAGUGGUACAAGACUGCAGACAGAGGCAUUUCAGACCAGCAGCCCCCCAAAGAUAGAACAUCUGUUGAGGGAACUGUAGAAGAAAAAGAUAUAGUGGGGACUACAACUGCUUCUCUAACUAUAGCAUCUACAGUAAAAGGUGCCUCUGUGACUGAGUUAAGAGGAAGCAGUGGAAGUCCAGCACCUUCACUCAAAGUAGCUACAGACAGUGGAAUGAAUCUGCUGAGUGCCCCAGAUGGGACUGUUCUACUGUUGCUGCUGGCUGGGAAGCUAUGCCUGGAAACUUAAAAUGUGAAAUAAACCAGCCUUCACCUGGAAGGGCCAGGCUUUAAAGGCUCUUGUGAAGUGUCCUUGUGCAAGACACUGAACCCCUGCUAGCUGCAGGUUUGCUGAACAUACACUCAAUAAAGCGUCACAAAGCAAAUGUAGAUGGAAGACCAAACCUAUCAUUGGAUGUGCCAAGAGACAGUGGUACAAACACUCAUCACCUUUUCAGUUUCUACUGGCUGUGUUUAAACUUUCUUCAGGAAAGGAAAAAUUGCAGACUGGCCUAUCGGUGCAACAUCAGUUGCCCAACCACAGACGCAUGCACAUUUCAUUGUUGUUGUAAGUUUGUUAUGGUUGUAAAUAAGUCAAAUAAAAAAAUAUCUAAUUCAAAAAUGAAGGCAGUCCAAAACUUGCAAUGAGGUUUUAUUGUCUUUGCACAUUUUGCUUCUCCAUUUACUUGUCAGUGCUUUAUCUCAAAAAUAUUUCUUAAUCUUAAAAGCCUAGUGUACUCAGGAGAUCCUCUUGUCAUUAAAUAUACAAGUUGGGUUAAAGGGCCAGUUCACUAUACAAAAAAAAUGAAUAAAAUAAAACAUAAAAAGUAAUGUGGUCAACAGAUGUGACAGUUUGUACUUUAUACCAAGUAAAUGGGACACUUUCUGAAAUGAGACAGGGAUUUUUUGUCCACUUUUCAAUUCUGUGAUUUCUAGAAAUAAAAUUCCAUUGACCAUUGUGUUGCAGUAGAAAUCUCUGACUUUUUUUUUUAAACCCAUACAAAUAAAAAUCAAAAUAAUUGGCACUGCGAGAUACCACAUUUGUAAUUGGGGUGAACCGACCCUUUUAUUCUACCCUUAAAGUAAUUUAAUUUGUGCAGAGUUUUUGUUAAAAUUUUGAGUCACAUAUUUUAAUACUGAUCACCCGUACAGAUGCAGCAUACUGUCAAAACCAUCCACACUUUACAUUGGUGGCUUCAAAUACUCUACAGUAUCUUCUGCCGGACCUCUGGUGAAACUGCACAAUUCAACAAAGGCCUUUGUGAUACAACACAGUAGGAAGAGCACAGAUGUAAACAACAAUUAAGAACAGCUAAAUGCUAUUUAGCUGCUUUCAUUUGCAAGGACCUGGUAUUAAGCAUGCUGACGCACUCUCACU